AUCCGCCCGCCGGGCGCCGGAUUUUGAUCACCUGCUGACCCGUGGGUGUCGACUCGGUACCCCACGGACCGGUAGUCGGUACUCUCAGUGGCGUGUAGUGCGUUCGCUCGACACUCAGACACUCUCGCACGCAGUGUCUCAGUCACUCCUCAUAUCAAUGCUCACGGCUCGCCGGCCAACCGCCAACGCUCGGUGAACGCACCAGUGCACGACCACAGCCAGUAGUUGUGGCACGUCGUCAUCGGCAGUUUCAGGUUUUGGGGUUCGGGUCCGGAACAAUAUAGGUUAUCGAUUUGGCAUUCGCCCGCGCGCAAUCUAAUGCCCGCCGCCGCCUGUUACUGUUUAUAAUAAUUAUUAUUAAUUCUUUGUGUAUCAACACCAUUUCUAUAGUAUUAUUUUAUUUUUGCGAUCUCGUACAGGUACCAAUUAUCGUACCGUUGCGUAUCAAUUAUUAUAAAAUUAUUAUUUAUUUACGAUAUUGCCUGUGUCUACCUAUUUUUUUAUACAACUACCUACCUACAGUUAACCUUCUAUACUGAUAUGAGUACGUGAAAACCUUUAUUUGAUCAUCAAGUGACAGGUUUGAGGUUUUUCCACUACUCCCGAAUAUUGUACUUACCUAUUGUUGGUAUUCGUAAGACUGACUAGUCUCUCGUUAUUAUGUGGUCAAAAAUAUUUAAAGCCAGCAACCAUGGACUUGUGCGCGGUGUGGCUAUAUAUUCGGUCACUUGGCCGGUGAGCAGCUUGAUACAACAGGCGCUACAGCCGUCUGGCAACAAAAACAUUGAUUUACAACGAGCAGCUAAGUUCAGCGUGUAUGGUGGACUCUAUGUAGCACCCACGUUGUAUGCGUGGAUGAGAUUUGCCAGUUAUGUUUGGCCUUCGAUGACAAUUACUAGUCAUAUAACUAAGGCAGUUGUUGAACAAUUUUCAUAUGGUCCAUUUGCAAUGGCUAGUUUUUUUUUCUUUAUGACACUUCUGGAUGGAGGUACAAUAGAAGAUGCUAAAACGGAAGUUCAAGAAAAAUUUGUUUCUACCUGGAAGAUAGCUGUUAUGGUUUGGCCAGUAUUACAAACAAUAAAUUAUUGUGUUAUUCCUUCAAAGAAUCGUUUGAUAUUUGUCAGUUUAGCUGGAUUUGUAUGGACCACAUUUUUAGCCUAUAAAAAGUAUGAAAAAAAUAAAUCUAUACAGAUAGCUGAUAAAAAAACUGAUUUAUAAUCAGCAUUUUACAUUUAUUUGACUGUUAAGUAAUUAGUCUUUUGACAUUCUUUGUUAUUAUUGAUUGUUAUUGUUAUUAGCUCUUUAAACUAUUGUUGCCAAAUAUUAUAUCUACUUAAAUAUAAUUUAUGUCUGAACUUUGAUCAGUGGUGGAUUUACAGGGUAGAGAGGAUAAUAUCAUCCAUCCCACAGAUUCAAAAAUACAUUAUACAUGAGUAUUUUUAAAUGUUUGAUAAUAUUUUCAGUCAAAAUGAUCCAUUGUAUUAUAAGUAAUUUCUUCAACUCUACUCUACUUACCAAAAAAAUCGUAAAUACACCAACUGUGAACAUAGUAUUACAACUUGUGAAAUUUGUAUUUUGUAAAGUUGCAAUACAUUUAAAAUGAUGGUAAAUUCCUAUUUUUGUUAUUUGACAACACUAGUCAAAAGAACCGUUAUUUAGUUAAAUAUUAUAUAAAUGCAAUUAUUUAUUGAAUGUUAUAUUAUAAAAUCCGAUUGUGGGUUUUCAGUUUGGUAUAAAUGGACUGACAUUUUAAAUUUUUAAAUGUUCAUAAUCCAUCUUAUAUCAAAAAUGUUCUUAAUUAUUUCAAUUUAAAUUGUUUUUGAGUUACCAUUAUCGUACUGAUUAAAAUGUAGAUAAAAAGUGGAACUUUUGUCCAUUUGAAUUUUACAUUUUAUGUUAAUUUAUAUGUAUUAUGUAUAAUUGUUUAUGUUUUCCAAUUAAUAUUUACAUGGUCAGUACAUCUGAUUUACCUAAAUUAUUUUACCAUUCCAUUACAUAUAAAUAAUUGUUAUCAACAAUUGCUGACUAAUAAAUAAAAAUAUUAUUGUAAUUUUUUUUUAUUUUGAUGAUGUAAUAGCUAUAUUUAAUGAAAGUAGGGAUUUUUGUAAUCAGGCCUUGUCAAAAGAAAAGUGUUGAUAAAAAUGUAUAAUGAUUAAUCAAUUUUUUUUUUAAGAUUUUAGUAUUGUUGACAGAGGUUGUAGAUAUUAUAUUUGUACAUUAUGUUAAUGUGCGGGGCUGGAAGUCAGUAUUUUUUUUAAAAUUGUGUCACAUUUAGUCAUUUUAUUAGAAAAUAGUCCAUAUGUCACUUAUAAUUCAAAUUAACCUAAAUUUAAAUUAUUUAUUGUGUAUUAGUAGAUGUUCAUAAAUAUAGGUUUAAUAAAGGUGUUUUAAUUUUAUUUUCUAAAAAAAAAGUUUUAUUUCCUAAAUAAAAAUGGACUUGACCUUUGUUUUACGUUUAGAACAUAAUACCAUUGGACUAAAUAUUUGCAUCGAUGAUAAUCAUUAUUUUCUGUAAAUUAUACAAAAAUAAUUCAGUAAGAAUCAAAUAAAUUAUAUUUAGCGAUACAAAGAAAAAUAUUUAAUAACAGUUAGUUGUUAGGAAAUAAGCUUAUGUAGGUUAGUUUUAUGAUUAAUUCGGUCACUUUGUCACUUUUUUAAAUAGAUUUAACGACUUCCAGCCCUGUAAUGAAGAUAGAUUACUAAUAAUUGUACUAAUAUUAUUAAAAUAAUAUUAUGGUCAAUGACCAAUACAACAAUAAACAUCAUGUAUCGUUUAGAACUGAUUUAUCAAGUUGUAAAUGUUAAGUAAA